GCUCUUCAGAUGGCGGCACGCUUGGCGAUGCGGUGUGCCUAUGCACAAUUGUUUUCAACACUCCCAGGGCUCUCUAAAUCUUGUACGUUCUCGCCAUAUCGUAUCGUGUCGCAGGUUUAUCUCCAAAGACCACUCUCUGCUUCGUCACGGCUCAGUGCAGCACUUAAAUAUACCGACAAGCAUGAAUGGGUGCGAGUAGACGAUGGCGUUGGAACUGUAGGCAUCAGCAACUUUGCCCAGGAAGCAUUAGGGGAUGUGGUGUACUGUGGCCUACCAGAUGUUGGAACACAGCUGUCACAAUCAGAUGAGUUUGGUGCCCUGGAGAGUGUGAAGGCAGCCAGUGAGCUGUACUCCCCUCUGACAGGUGAGGUCGUGGAGGUCAACAACGCUUUGGCUGACAAGCCCGGCCUUGUCAACAAAUCCUGUUACAAAGAUGGCUGGCUGAUGAAGAUGACCAUUGCAAAUCCAGCUGAACUAGACUCCCUCAUGGACGAAGCCGCCUACGAAAGAUACAUCAAAUCCAUCGAGGACUAGAGACUGUGCAGAGUGCAUGUGUUGGUUAAUGUCUCAGGCUUGUGUGUGUACAUGUAUGCGCACCACAAUGGACUAAUAAUGUACUUGAGAAAUGGUUAAGUGUUAGCAGAGAUAGCAGCAGUUGCUCUUAAAGGAUGAUCGUGAUGGUGGGCAUGCAUUUCUCAGUAUGGACCAGUGGCCAGUGCUUACUCAAGUGUUAAAACAUGCUCCAAGUUUCACUGAACCAAAAUACACAUCCUGUUGAUACCUUGCCCACUACCUCGUGUUUGUAAAAUUGCACACACGCACACACCUACACCCACUAUCCCAUCCACACACUAUCACACAGUCUCUAUGCAUUAGAUCCAGAUUUCUGCAUUUCUUUACAUAAGUGUGAGCACUGGACACUGAUUGGCCCAUGACCGGCUAUAAAGUACUUUGAUUCUGUUCUGUUUCAGCAGAGCUUUACAAGUUACUUUUUCAUUGUAUGCAUUUGGCAAACAUGUACACUUACCUGUGAUCCUGUUGGCAGCCUUUUGAAUCUAUUUAAGAGCUGAUGAAAAUUUGCUUGUAAAUGUAAUGGUAUGGACACAGCUGUAGGUGGGGGAAGGGGCAUCUUCCUUGUCUUUGGUCACAUGAAUGCCUCUGAUCAUUGGCACUUGAACUGACAUCUGACUGAACUGCUGUACAGUAUUUGUAGAUACUAACACCAAUAAAAACUGUCAUGGACAAA